AUGUGCUUGUCAGCAAAAGCAGGUGGAAAUGAAGCACGCACGGUCCAGCGCACCCACCGUCAAAUCUCCCUCGCUGUUGCGAAAGCUGAACGAAAAAUCACGGUGGACGAGCUUUUACCAUGGGACAAGCGCCGUCGGGAGCAUCGCAACGAGACGCAGUUAUCUGGUCGAGCUUCCCGCGUCCCAGACGCUGUCGUAAACAUAAUUCAUUAG